UCACGAUUUCGAAUCAGUUAACAUUUGUUUCGAUUAAUAUCCACCUAGUUAUUUAUUUUAAGAUUACCAUUUUCUAUACUAAAAAUGGACUGGCGCUUUUUGCUGUCCGUCUCGCCACAUAAUGUGGCCGAUGACAGAAAGGACGAAUUGUCCGUAGCCGUUGCUUCCGUUCCUACGGAUCAAAAAUUAGACAGCAAGAGUAGCAAAAAACUUUUCCGGCUUGCUCAGGUGCUGCUACGCUUCCGCAAUGAACAGGUUGGUCAACUUCGUAUAGAAAUCGAUCGGCUAAUUGAACAACAAGAGCAACGUGCGCUGCAAGAAACAUCAACGGAAUCACUGAUCCGUGAACAAAUGCAAGAAUUGAAGCAAACCGUCGAGAAGUUAGAAGCGGAGAAAGUUGCGAAUCGUGCCAAAAUCAAAGAGCUGUCGGAGGAAAUUGUUUCGAUACAGCGAAAACAGGCCGAAUCAAGUCACUUCGGGAGCGAUGCGGAAGAUUCUCCUGAUGCGCUGUCUGAGAUCGACCGCCAACAGGAGCUGUAUAACAACAUCAGCAUGAAAAACAAACAUAUCAAACGAUUGCUGCGAGAUAUUGACGACCUGGAAAAGCGAAACAAUGUACAAAUCGACACGAUUAAUAGUUUGCAAGUAAAUUUGAAUGAUGCUACCAUGAAUUUGACCGCACUGACCCAACAAUACGAGGAAGCGAAAACUGUAAUGAAGGACCAGGAACGUGUCAUACACAGCGCCAAUGAACAAGUCAAAAAACUAGAGGAGGAUUUCAAGGAGGUGGUGGAAGAGAAAAAUAGAUGUGAAGAUGAUUUGGAGGAUUUUGCUAAACAGUUGGAAGCAACAACAAACCGCUGGAAGGAAGUACUAGGUGUGAAACAAUCGCAGUUGGACGAAGUGCAGGGUAAGUAUUCGGAUUUGCUGCAGCAAUUUCCGGGCUACGAUGUCGAAGCUGAGCGAAAGGAGUACAAGAAAAUGGCUACAAGGCUGCGCGAGAAGGAUGAGUUGAUUGACGAGUUGGAAAGGAAAAUCACAAUGCUUUCGCAGGAAAUACUUACUUCGACGGAAUUGAUGAAUAGAAUUUCCCAGGAGAAGGAAUCGGUGGGAAAAACUUCCACCAAAGUAAGCCAAUGUUGCGAGGAAAGCAGAAUAUCUCUGGAAAAAGCUACUAAACGAUGCGAGGAGAUGCAGGAGAUUCUCUCGAACGCCGAGGAAGACAACAUGUUGAAAGCAAAACAGGCUGUCGAAGCUAUUGAGGCCCUGAGGAGGUACGAAAGUGGUGAGGAAGGGUUGGCGAAUGCGCUGAAGAAAAUCAACAGGUUGCACGAGAAGGUCAACGUGAGGGACAAGCAAAUCCGCGAACUGGUAGCCGAGAUAAAUCUCGCAAAUGAGAUUGCGAUGGAGAAUGCAGUAUUAAGGAAGCGCUUGGGAAUUAGUGACGACGAGGCCGUUCCCAUCCAUUCUGUACUUUCUAAACAAAGAAAGAUUGAGAAAGUUAACGAACGGCUUGCACUGAAGUUACGUGCCUCGGAGGAAAUGCGACUGCAACUUAAGCUGGAGAAGAAUGAUUUAAAAAGAAAAUGUUUUCAACUUUCCAACUCUCUAAGUAAUCAUCAGAGGAAUGAUAAAAAAGAGACAGACAUUGAAACAAUUCCUGCGAACUCGGAAGCUGCUGAGAGCAAUGAUCAAAUAUCCGUAGACGCGGACGAAGUGUCCAAAAUUAGUGAUCUUGCGGCAAUAAAGUUUUGUGAGAAAUGCAUGAAGCAGUAUAAUGUAGCCGAUAGUAUGAAAUACUGCAAAGCAUGCAUAUUUCGUCAAAGUUUCAACUAUUGCGAUGGCUGCAUAAACAAAUUGAAAGGUAAUUUCAUUGCAAGUGAGAUGCCUAGUAGUAUUUAUGAUCAGCAAAUUGUUGAACUAGAACGUAAAUAUGCAGCUGUAGUAGAGGAGAACGAAAAUUUGCGGAUAGGAAUGCAUGAGAUCCUUCAAAAAGUACGAGAAUACGACGCAAUAUCUAAUAAUUUAACUAUUGAUACGUCAACCCUGGAAAAGUUAUUGCAGGCAUUAGAUGCAAGAAGCGGUGAUUAUCCGUCUGGUAUAAAUUUUCAGCAACAGUUCAUGGCUCGCGGUGAACGAGAAAUAUUGUUCAAAGAACGAAUGAAUCUUAAAAGUAAACAAAGUACGAUAUCUCUUGGAAGUCGGGAUGAUUCAGGGAAUGUAUGUGAUGACGAAGAGAACUUGGGUGACAUCGAUCAGAUUGCUGUAGAACAACCAGAUUUCAGUGAGCAAGUUCUACUAAAAGCAGUUGAAAUUGAUAAAUUGACCGAACAAAUAGAUUCACUGAAAGAAGAACGCGAACAGCUACUCAAGUCGAAUGAUGAACUACAGACAAUGAAAAAGAUGUACGAUGAGUUACUCUACUACAUCAAAUCAACGGAUAACGACAAAGAUCUUCUUCUAGUACAAACGCUAGAUCGGAUGAAACAGAUUGAAUCAAAUAUAUGUACUUUUCAGCGGAAAGUUGAAUACUUGAAAGCUGAUAACGAUAACAUGCACAACACAUUGCGUACUAUCAAGCAAGAACAUUUGAAUGUCCUUCAUGGAUUGAAAUCUGAUCUUGCUCGAAAUAAGGCAGCGCUAAAAAGAGCUGAACAAUCUCUAGAAAGCAAUGUUGCCAAUGACGCUAGCAUCGAUUCGGAGACAAUCGAACGAUUGGAGAAGGAGAUUGCUAGAAUGAAACUGGAAACUACUAAUUUUUAUACAAUCUUUCUAAAAAAUAUCCAGGAAGUGGACAAAGAAAAUCUGCUGGAUCUAGAAUAUGACUAUCUGACUCGGUUCGGUUUGGUUGACUCCAAUCUGACUGUAGACUUUAUGCCAAAGAGUGAGUAUAAAAAGUUAAAACUCCAGUUGAGAACGGCUGAGGAGGAGCUGCGAGAACAAACUAUAAAGUGUGGCCACUUGGAAGAACUGUUGACGGUGUCACAGGAGCAAAUACGGUCUCAGCAGAUGUUGAUUUCGAAGUUUUCGGAUGAGGAAAUAAGCCUGCGGCAUCUGGUAGCGGAUCUGCAGAGUUCUUCCAAUGAAAAAUAUCAGCUAGUUAAGACGCAGAAGGAACUUGAUUCUGUUCGAGAGCAAGAGGAGCUUUUAAAAUUAGACAAUGUCAAACUCAAACAAUCAUUGCUCGAUGCAACUGAGAAACUGGAAAAAUUGAAGCAACAACUGGCGCAGCAAGAGUUAGAUUUCAUCGAUCGGCAAAAGGACUCAACGAUCAAAAUCAGCUUUCUGAUGAAAAGCGUCAAAAUGUUGCACGACGAUUACAACUCAUUUACGCCUACGUACGCGGUAACGGACUUUGUAAAACAGUAUGCAAAGCUUUUGGAACAAAAAGUAAGUCUCAAACAAGACACGCUGCUCCAUCAGAAGCAAGUCCGUGAGCGUGAGUAUGAGCAACUGUUCGCUAAGCUGAAAGAAAAUCUUGACAGUAGUCAAGUGCAGGAUAAAAUCAAUUUGAUCAAAUUUGAAAGCCAGUGCGAGUUUCUCACGAAGCAGUUGAUCUUGUGUCAAAAGGAGUUAGAGCAACUACAGCAAGAGAACUCUGAACUGAAACUCAGGGAAGUAGAAAGCGCAAGACACUGGAACACAAUCGAGCUGAUUUUUAACGAUGGCACAAAGGCUAGUAUAACAAAAGACCAGUUCUUCGACAAAGCAAUUCAAGUUGCUGUAGAAGUCAAUCACAAGUGCAUCAACACUAUUCCGAUCAUCGAUGAUAGCCUCGCAGAGAAGCCACGAAUGGGAACACAGCCUUCAACACCAGUUAAACAAACGCUCGCGAAUACGACUAGCCAAACAACAAUGGAUGACUACAGUGAAGCGACACCAGCAGCGUCCAGCGUGAUGCAGAAAUCACUCGAAUCACAACUCAAACAGGCCAUGAUGCUGGCCUCUACCAGGAGUGCCCUUCUGUUGGAAACCGAAAAUCGACUUACCGAAUGCCAUGGCCGUAUUAAACUACUAGAGAAAUCGCUCGAGGAUAAAGAACAACUGCUGAAGAAGGAAAAAGCUAACGCUACAGUAAGCGGCGAGGAGAAGUUGAACGAGGGUGUUCUAGGCUCAACUAUUGGAUCACUUCAGAACCUACUACUGCAGAAGGAUACGACUUUAUCCAAAUAUCAGGAGCUGUUACGCAAUGAGCGAGAGGAGCAUUCGAAGAAGUACGAUGAAAAUAUCGGUCAGAUUCGAAUAUUGAAAAGAACGGUUGAUGAGCUGGAACAGAAGCAGUACGACAAACAGAAAGAGAUAGAUAAUUUAACGACCCAACUCAUGGAUAGAAACCAACAGCAAGCGCAACGGGAAAUGCAGGCGGUUUUAGAUACUAAGUCGAAUGAUAAACGCACUAACGAGCCCGAAAUGAUUUACACCGACAAGAUAAUCGAGAACAUUUAUGAAAUGGAUCAAAAGAAAGAGGAAGAAAUCGAAUCGCUGCGAAUACAACUGAAGGUACAAGAGAACAAACUCCGUGAUGCGACGGACGAAGCAAGAAGGUUGCAAGAUCAAUUACGAGAUACGACUGCCAAAGAGAAACGUCUCGAGAAGACACUACGGGAGAACGAGGCGGAAAUCAUAACACUGAAUGAAAAGCUUUGCAGUGAACACGAUAAUUUGAAAGAAUUUACCGAUAGUGUAGCCACUGCUCAAGAAGUGGAACAACUGAAAGAAAUGCUGGAAGAUAAAGAUCGGCACAUACAGGAUCUCACGGAGACGUUAAGUCAAUUCCAUGAUGAUCAACAACGAUUCAUGAACGAUACUUCGCUACAUUUGGCAGAACAGGUCUCACAGCUUAGUGCAGACCUGAAUCGGAGUGAAGCCUCCAACCGCAUUCUUAAAACUCAAAUCGAUGCACUAAAGCGGCAAGUACUUAGUAUUCAGCAACGCGAAAAACAAUCACGAGAUUUGGUGAAAACUCUAAAAAAUCAGCUCAUCAAGCGGCCUGUGAUUGCUAUGAAACCGGAACGGACAACCACCCCUAGAGAGGAUCAAUUAGCGCGAAAGGUUCAGCAGCUAGAAACAGAACUGCUAGACACAAAGGAUGACUUGCGAAAACAAGUGAACAUCAACGAGAAUCGUCGAGCGAAGAAUGCUGCUGAACUCGAUUUGUGGAACAAGCAGAAGCGUUGGCAGCAGACUGCCGAUAAGCUCAAGGUGCAGCUUAAAGAGCGAGAGACUGAGUUAGAAAAACUAAAAGUUCACUUCAAUUCGGCGAAAACAGCGAUCGCACGGCUGGAGCGAGAAAAGGCAAUCUUGGAGGGUCGUUCGGUAGGUGUUCGAGGCCACAGUGCAGGUUCGCUUAUUGGGGGGAAAUUUUCCGCUGGACUAGAUGGUAAGUACACCAUUGCUGAAUCACCGGACUGUUGCACGACCACCGAAAGUACGGGUUCCGAAGAGGCUAGCGAUGAUUUGAAAACGUUUGCCCAGAAUAGUAAAGAAAUUAUCGAAGCACUGAAAAAUCGGAUCGAAUCUCAGCAGAGGAGAAUUAUCGCCAUGGAGUUGGAACGCAAGGGUUCCAAUUCGAUGACCAGCGAGCUGGAAAGAAUGCAGAAAAAGAUAUCCAGCUUAGAAGCAAAGAACAUUCGCCUAGAAGCGAAAGCGCUCCAGUGUCAGCUGGAUAAUGACAUGUUGCGCCAGAGGGACGAAUCUGAGCGACUACGAAGUCAAAUUAGGCAUCUGGAAGACUAUAUCAUUGUACUAAAAGAAGAACUAACCAAAGCGACGGCUGGUUGUCCGGAAACAAUAAACUUCGAAAAUCUGUGCCAACGUUGCUCUGGUGCAAAUGGGUCAACACCAGCCAACAGUGAGUUAGCGAGUUACAAUUCCAAAUUGGAACAAACCGUAAUCGCCCUACGAAGGAUUAUUGAAAAACUCAAAGUAGAAAACAAGCAACUGAGGGAUGCUAAAAGUGUUGCAACGAACCUCAAAGUGGAAAGCAAAUCAUCAUCGGUGUCACAGAUUAUGGAAAAUUACGACCGAUUAAAAAAGGAGCAUGAAAAACUCCAACAAAAUUACACCGAAGCGCUCAAUCGGGUAGCCGCUUUACAGGUAGAGGUGGAACUACUUUCCAGCGCAAACUGUCCCCGAUGCCACCCGCGAAAAGAUAGACAAGAGCAAGACGCUGUUGAAAUCAGUGAAGAGGAAAAAUCUAGAAGUGAAGAGUUGAAGGAAAGUCUUGAAAAGAAAGCACAACUAUUGGAAAAGGCUAAAAUACUACUAACACGAGCUGCCGCCAAAGAACGUCAUUUGAAGGAUCAAAUUGCGCUGCUGAAAAGAAAAUGUUCAGAUUUACAAAACGUACCUGUUAUCGACGAGAUCAGCGAGUGAAAGAGUUUUCUGCUUUUUCUUGAAACUGUUGUAAACUGCCACAUAAUUUUCGUUUCAUCCUGUUUUGUUCAUGAAAGUGUUCACUCUUAUUUUCUUCUUUCAUCUGCAAACCUCCAACAUUAUUUUCACAUAAUGUGAGUUUAUUAAAACAUAAGA